CCCGUCCAUUUUUUGCUGAUCAUCAGAUGUGCGGCACAGGACUUGACAGCGCCAGGCAGCCCCUCUGCUUCGCAGCGAGCCAAACUGACGUCGACGUCUCCCGCUCUCAUUCUCCAAAUCGCCGGCUUUAGCGCACACCUCAAGAGCUCGCUGCCCGCAUCACAACACACACACCACCCACUAUGAGGAAAGAAACCAUGACCCACUCGCACACCUUCGGCGGCUACGCUGGCGAGCGUCCCAUCACUCGCCACGACCUCAAGCAUGCUACGCGUAUCGUGGUCAAAAUGGGAACCAGCGUGGUGUCCACCAACGGUGAGCCCGCGCUGGGCCGCAUUGCUUCCAUCGUGGAGCAGGUCUGUAUGCUCAAGCGCCAGGGCAAGGAAGUGCUACUGGUGACCAGCGGGUCCGUGGGUAUCGGCCGCAAGCGCCUCAACAAACAGAUCCUGCUCUCUGCUUCGCUGCGCACGCACGUGCAAGGCAACCAGCAGAUGCUGGCACUCGAGAAGAAGAAGGGCGCCAUGGCCGCCGCUGGCCAGAUUGGCCUUAUGUCCCUCUACGAGACGCUCUUCUCGCUCUACGACGUGGCCUGUUCUCAGGUGCUCGUUACGGCCUCCGACUUCAAGACGGCCCAGAACCGCGCUAACAUGCGCGACACGAUGCUCAAUCUGCUGGAGCUGGAUGUUGUUCCUAUCGUCAACGAGAACGACGCUGUGAGUGCCUCACCCGACGGUACCGUCUUCACGGACAACGACUCGCUCGCUGCAUUAGUCGGCGGCGAGAUCGAAGCCGACCUGCUUAUGCUGCUCACAGAUGUGGAGGGACUGUACAACAAGCCUCCCAGCCAACCUGGUGCCAAGGUCAUCUCAGUUUUCCGUCCUGAGAACAACAGCUUCAAGAUCGGCGAGAAGUCAAGCGUUGGACGUGGCGGUAUGGGCGCCAAGAUCGAGGCUGCACAGUCGGCCAUCUCACAGGGAGUCAAUGCUGUGGUCAUUGCCAGCGGCUUCAAGUACGGCGUGGUUAAUUCCAUCAUGAAGGGCGCUAGUCUCGGUACGCUCUUCGUCGCCAACCCUGGCGUUGAGUCGCCUGACUCCAUGUCGGCCGAGGAGAUGGCCAAUGCCGCUCGUGAAGGCUGCCACCAGCUACAGGCGCUGUCUUCAGAGGAACGUGCCAGUAUUCUGUUCCGCAUUGCUGACGAGCUCAAGAACAACAGCAAGUCGAUCCUCAACGCCAACCGCAAGGAUCUGCAGGCAGCACAGAAGUCUUCAAUUGACGAGGGACUGAUCGCUCGCUUGAAGCUGUCAGAGGAGAAGCUGGAGACACUGGCUGACGGUAUUCGGAGUAUUGCCGAGUCGGAGGAGCCGAUUGGCCGCAUGUUGAAGCGCACGGAGCUGGCAUCUGGCCUGGUGUUGCACCAGGAGACGGCGUCGAUCGGUGUGCUGCUUGUGAUCUUCGAGAGCCGCCCGGACUCGCUUCCUCAGAUCGCUGCGCUAGCCCUGCGUAGUGGCAACGGUCUGCUGUUGAAGGGCGGCAAGGAAGCGCUCCACAGUAACGCUGUGCUGCACAAGAUCAUUGUGAAGGCAGUGGAGGAGGCCACGAACGGCAAGGUGAAGAAGGACGUUAUCGGUCUGGUCACGUCGCGUGAGGAGAUCUCGGAUCUGCUUCGUCUGGACGACGUCAUUGACCUGUGCAUCCCUCGCGGCUCGGGCUCCAUGGUCAGCUACAUCAAGAAGAACACGCGCAUUCCUGUUCUCGGCCACGCUGAGGGCGUGUGUCACAUGUACAUCCACAGCGCAGCUGAUGUGAAGAAGGCUAUUGAGCUCGCUAUCGAUGCCAAGACGGACUACCCGGCUGCCUGCAAUGCGCUUGAGACGCUGCUGCUAGAUGAGUCGCUGGUGACCAGUGGUCAGGACAAGGAGAUCCUGGUGAAGCUAGAGGAAGCUGGCAUUAACCUGCACAUCGCCCCCAACGCGGCCAAGCUGGGUGUUGCCACUGCUAAGUCGCGUCCUACAGACACGCUAUCCACAGAGUACGGCUCCACGGACCUUACAAUCGAGGUGGUGAACGGCGUUGGCGCUGCCAUUUCUCACAUCAACCAGUACAGCAGUGGUCACACUGAGUGUAUCGUAACGGAAGAUGCCGCUGCUGCCGAGCAAUUCCAACAGAUGAUUGACAGCGCGUGCGUGUUCCACAACGCCAGCACUCGCUUCGCUGACGGCUACCGCUUCGGUCUGGGCGCUGAGGUUGGUAUCAGCACUGGUCGCAUUCACGCGCGUGGUCCUGUGGGCGUGGAGGGUCUGCUUACAACCAAGUGGAAACUUGUGUCGGAGAGCGGCCACACCGUCUCGCAGUUCUCGGCUGCUAAGAGCGACCACCCGCUCAAGUACACGCACAAGAAGCUGGAGCUGAUCCAGAAGGAGGCAAAUGUUGCCCGCCCGAGGAGUAGCCGGCUAUAAGAUUGCCACGUAUUCUAUGUAGCGGUUUGCUUGUAGAUGAAGAAGAGUUCUGCAGCAACGAAAUAAAGCAAUUCGAUCGAUACAAUACUCAAGCAAUAAUUGUGUUUGCAACCAGUUAUUGCGCGUGUUAGGCGUUUGGGUCGCGUUCUGUAGCAUUGUUGUAGAAAGCACUUUUCUCUAUCAGAAAUCCAUGUUGUCCUCCUCUUCCUC